AUGUAUGCAUGUUUUAAGUCCGCGUAUUUCUUGGCCAUCAAGAAGACAGAUGGAGCUGCUGUUUUGGCUAGAAAAUUUGUGCGAAAGAUUGUAAGGCUGCAUGGAGUGCCAGCUAGUAUUGUGUCAGGCCGUGAUCCCAGAUUCACUUCAGAGUUUUGGAGAGCUUUUCAGGGAGAGAUGGGCACUAAGGUCCACUUGAGUACAGCUAAUCAUCCGCAGACAGAUGGGCAAUCAGAGAGGACUAUCCAGACUUUGGAGGAUUUGCUGAGGAUGUGUGUGCUAGAUUGGGGUGGCCAUUGGGCAGAUCACCUGAGCUUAGUUGAGUUUGCAUACAACAACAGCUUUCAGGCGAGUAUUGGCAUGACUCCAUUUUGA